UAAUUAAAAUGGCCUCAAUGAUUCAGUUUGCAUGAUUGCAUGUUACUUUAGGUAGUUUAGGUGUGUCUGCAUUAGUAAUCCAUCAUAAUAAAUAACAAGUGUUAAAUUAUUUCUUUAUCACCUUAUUAGAUUAUAAAAAAUAAAAAAUUCGUGAAAAUGAAUUACGGAAAAAAAUCACCGAGUAUGGGUACACCAUCGAUUUAUUCUCAUGUAACAACACGCAGCAGUGCUAAUCUGCGUUCAUCGCGGUCUGUUAAAAGUGUCAAAAUUCCUUGGUACCAAAGGCCUAUUUUAACUAGACCUUAUAUUCUUGAUAUUCAACGCACUGCGAUGUUAACUGCUGUUUUUAGUUUACUUCUAGCUAUCUUUACAAUAGCGACAUCGAUAUUUGACGUCUACUGUCUACAUGAAGCAGCUCCAGGGACAAAACAUUAUGGAUAUUACAUUAUUUCAUAUGAAUUCGUCUACGUCGGAAAUCCACACAUACGAAACGCCCUGAUAGUCGCUGCAUUGUUUUCGCUACUCGGAAGUAUAAUACUACUAGUAACAUCAGCGAUCCUGAUCAACGCACUGAGAAAGGAGUAUGAAAAGCGAAUGGUCCCUUGGCUUUAUUGUUUCGCAGCAUUUACAGUAUUCCGUGUGUUUGCUUACUUGUUUUUCUGCAUCGUAAACGACAUGAUAUUCGCCUACAACAUCAUGAUCUGCUUGCUCUGGUUACUCUUCCUCUGCUACUCGGUCUACGGAUGGCUGACUGUUUACACUUUGUACAUCGAACUGUCUGACUUGACGCGUCUUGAGGAUUUAGCGCACUUACGAAUUGGAACAAUGCAAUCAUUGAAUGCAUCAACAACACAUUCAAUAGCUGGUUCGCGUCCAACUACACCGCAUAGUACUGUAUCUACAAUGCCCGUUAAUUAAAUUAAUACUUCUUAAAGUAAUAAUAAUAACAUUUGAUUAAUUUUACAAAACGGUAUUAAAUGCUGUCAUCAAAUUUUAAAUUAAGAAUCUACGACAAAAUAGUGACUCCAAUCACGAAGCCGUCCAAUAUCUAUUUUAUUAGUAGAUAAUUAUUAUUAAGGAUCAAAAGAAUAAUAGCACGUGUUCAUUUUGAUAAAUUAUUGAGUGCCUUUAUUCAAAUUAAAAUUAUUGUAGAUAAUAAUGAUGCUUGUACAAAUUUACGUAUACAAGUUUU